AAAAGAUACGAACGUGGUUUGCUCUGAUAUAUAUAUUACUAAAGAUAUUUCUCCUAUUUUAAACCCAACCCAUUCAUCCAAACACAUAACUAGUCUAAAUAUAGAUAUGUAAUGAAGUAGUUUUAUAAUACGCUAGCUUGCAAAAUGGAACAUGGUGGAGACGAAGCAGCUAACAUAGCCUUUAAAGUUUUCACCUUUGAAGACAAGAAAAGCACAAGAGAGACGCUUUCUGUAUCCAUACCUGAGGUUCUGGACCCACAGUACGGGAUGUACGUGUGGCCAUGUGCGGUGGUUCUGGCGCAGUAUGCGUGGAUACACAGAGAGGAGCUGAGAGGAAAAACGGUGCUAGAGCUGGGUGCAGGUGUGAGUCUUCCCGGUGUGGUGGCAGCGCGUUGUGGUGCAGAUGUGAUCCUGUCUGACAGCUCAGACAAACCGCUGUGUCUGCAGAACUGCAGGCGGAGCUGUGAGGCCAACGGCCUGCAGGAUGUCACUGUGUUGGGCCUCAGCUGGGGGGACGUCUCCCCGGACCUCCUGCUGCUUCCCAGACUGGACAUCGUCCUGGGCUCAGACGUCUUCUACGAUCCUGAAGACUUUGAGGAUGUCCUGGUCACGUUUGUCUUCCUGCUGAGGAAAAACCCCAGAGCCCAGUUCUGGACCUCGUACCAGCUGAGAAGUGCCGACUGGUCGAUCGAGGCGCUGCUUCACAGGUGGAAACUAAACUGCGUCCAGGUCCCGUUGGACCAGUUCGAGGCCAGUGAAUCUGACCUAGCUGGUUCAGCUCUGCCGGGCCGCCACACCAUCCAGAUGAUGAUAAUCAGCAAGAAGAUGGAGGAAGUCCAGGAAGGGACUGAUUCACCAGCUGCAGAACCAGAACGGUUCUAAAAUCUGUUUGCUGCAGGUUUUCCUAUUAAGGACUCUGAGAGGUCGGAGUUCCCUGCAGUUUGGAGGAACCAAGGGAGUCUGAUCCAGAUCCAGAUAAACAGGAUUACCUGUUAAUCUGGGACAGAACCAGAUAUGGUCUCUACAGACCUUUUGGACUGGAGCUGGACUCCAGCCUGAGACUCGGUGUUGGAUUCUCAGGUUCGGUCCGAGUCUCUAUAGCAGAAGGUGGACAGAGAAAACCCGUCCAGGGACCUCAUGCAUAAAACUGCAUGUAGCAAAGCAAACUACAGGUGGCGUACGUAGAUAAAACAGGAAAUGCGACACACAAAACCUUUAACAUUUAUCAAAGCGUGCGCACGCACGUCCCACUGUCCCACAAGUUGGUGCACCUGAGGGAACUCCUUGCCUCGCCCACAUGGUGGCUAUAAAAGGUCAGGUGGACACCUAUAAUACAUUUUUUUAUCACAUCAUUUCCAUCAUUUCCAGGAGGAAAAAAGAGGGAAGAAGUGGAAUUUUUCUGGGUGUGAGACAGAAAUCCUGAUGGACCACGUUGACAAACGUAAAAAUGUUUAAUUGGUGGGCACGACGUGGGCAUUACUGGUGUCAGAAAGGCAGAAUAGUGGCAGCAGAUGGUAGAUGCUGUCAACAACGUGUCAGAGGGAAGACACGCCAGAGGUAUCUGUUGGUGUGGCUGGAUAUCUCAGUCGGUAGAGCAUCCGUCUGCCAUGCGGGAGAUUAAAGUACGAAUCCCACAGGGAUGAAUCACUUUGGAGAAAAGCAUCUGCCAAAUGACAGUAAUGAUGCUGGUAAAUUGUUUUAAUUUAUAAAAUGAAUAUGUACAGAUACAUCUGAGAUUGG